UAACCCCGAUAAAACCCAUUCUCGUGAGUAGCGGAUUCGGUUCUCUUCGUCGACGAACAAGCAUUCCACACUCCGUUGGACGCUGUCCACCGUUGUCAGCCCUGCAUGGGUGUUCUCGGGCUGUCAGUGAAGAAGGUUCGAACCCUAGGGCUUUUUCUACUCCGAAAAUCCGGUUCUUUCUAUAUUGCUGGACUGACUCUGUAUGACAGAUAAGUCAGAUUAUCAUAUCUAGAUUGCAAUUGGAAGAGGAAGAGGACAAAGUAAAACCUGCAUUUUUAAGUGAAUCAAUGGAGAUGAGAGUUUCAUCUCCAAAGCCAUCUCUUGCCCCAUCUGAUAGUGUCAGUGAUCCAGAGGAAAAGGAAGUGAGUGAUGAAGAUGAUGAUGAUCGGAAUCAUAAGCAUCGGAGGCGGGAAGACCGUUCUCUAUCAUUGGAGAGAGAUGUUACAGAGCCUGUUAUGAGCAGGCCAUUCAGAAAGCGUAACAAAACUUUUGGGAAUCGGCAAUCUUUCAGGGAAAAUGAAUCUCAAGCAUUUGAAAUGAUAAAAAGGCGCCCUGGAUUGAAUUCAAUUCCCCGAGCACCUUUAGAUAUGAAUCAAAGAUUACGGCCAAACCAAUCAUUUAGUGGAGAUCUUGGUGCUGGGAGGGGAAGAGGAAGAGAGCUGGGUUCUUGGAAUCAGCGUGAUUCUAGGUUCAGCUCAAUUGAUGUUGCUUCGCAGAUGAUGCAGCAGGGGCCCAUUCCUUCAAGCCUUUAUAGUGGAAGGGGGUUGCCAAAUGUUUCAAAUGCACAAAAUGCAUCAUGGAAUGCUUUUGGUUUAAUUCCAGGAGUACCUAAUGGUGGCUUGGAUAUGCUUCGUCCCAUUGGUUUACAAGGAGCACUCAGACCACCUAUUAAUUCAUCAAUAAGUUUGAGUAUUCCUCGCCAAAGAUGUAGAGACUUUGAGGAACGUGGUUUUUGCCUUAGAGGGGACAUGUGCCCAAUGGAGCAUGGUGUCAAUCGGAUUGUUAUUGAAGAUGUCCAGAGUCUUUCGCAGUUCAACCUUCCAGUUUCACUUCCAAGUGCACACCUUAUGGGGGCACCGGCUGGAUCUGGAUCUUUACAUUCAAUAAGUGCAACAACCACUUCAAUGAAUAGCAAAGGUAUACAUGGCAAAGCUAGCAAGUCUGGAAUAGGUGAUGAUGGUUUGGUAUUGGGUGGCGCAUACCUGGCUCCUGGUGGCACAAGUGGAGCUGAUUUUUAUGAUCCUGACCAGCCUCUUUGGAAUGAUAGUGGUCUUGAAACGUCAAAUGCACUCCUUAAUCUACAGUCAUCCAAGAUUGAUGAAACUGAGCCCUUCUCCAGUGAUGCUCCUUCUGAUAGGCAUAACGCAAGAUUAUCCAAUGCUCCAGAGAGAGAUUCUUCAAUGGGAACUAGCAGAACUUUCACUUCCCAGAGUGCUAGUUCAUCAGUUUGGGCCAGGAUUGGUGGUUCGAAGAACAGAUCUGAUGUGAAAGAAAAAGUUAAUCCUAUGAUGGUUACCUUCCAGCAUCCUGAUAAUCAGUUAAAAGAAGACAAUGAUGAAUUAAAUUGUUUUCCCAGCUCAUCCCAGCAAGUGAAGCAAAUCAUUGCUGAUGAUGUUGGCCCAAAAUCCAUGGGUUCAACUCUCAAGGCACAGACUGAUAUACGUAACAUCCGUAAACCAUCACAAAAGGCACUGCGUACUUUAUUUGUAAAUGGCAUUCCGCAUAAAAGCAACAGAAGGGAUGCUCUUCUCUCUCAUUUCCAGAAAUUUGGGGAGGUUAUUGACAUUCAUAUUCCAUUGAACAGUGAGCGAGCUUUUGUCCAGUUCUCCAAGAGGGAAGAGGCUGAAGCUGCUUUGAAGGCACCUGAUGCUGUAAUGGGUAAUCGGUUUAUUAAGCUGUGGUGGGCUAAUCGUGAUAGCAUUCCUGAUGAUAGCAUUAGCAGUGGCAAUGGUGUAACUGCAACUACCCUUGGGCAUUCAUCUGCUUUGGUUCCUUCUCAUACGGUUGUAUCUGAUAGGAGUAAAGAUAUCCAUCAAGCAACUGCUCCAAAGACUGUUUCUGAUGCACCCCCAGCUCCUGAUCAACCUAAGCUUGCAACAGCAAAUGGACCCAAAACUGUGCCUCCAUUGCAAAAGAAGCUUGAAAACUUGGAGCAGCUGAAGGAAGAAUUGCGCAAGAAGCAGGAAAUGCUGGAUCAAAAGCGGAAUGAGUUUCGACGCCAUUUGAACAAGCUUGAGAAACAGGCCACUGGACUCAAGGGUGAAGUAGUUACUGAGCAAGCUGCCAAGAGACCCAAAACAGGCUUGUUAGCUGGUGUGAAACUAGCUUCUCAAUUAUUUGAUUCUGGCUUUUCUCUGACAUCUCCACAUGCGGAGACAAUAGCUGAUAAGAACAAUGCAUUGGGAAACCCUGUAUCUCAUAGUCCGAAAGCAAUUCCAAUAAUCACACAGCAAGAAUCUACGGCCUUGAAACCACCAAUUCGGCCAUAUGCACCUGUAAAUAGAUACAAAUUGGACAAUCGUCCCACUUCAUUUAGAAUCAUCCCCCCUUUACCAGCUGGACUAGCAAAUGCUGCUGUUUUGAAGGAACACUUUUCACCAUAUGGGGAGAUUUCUGCCGUUGAGCUUGAGGAUGUCAGAGACCAUAUUAACCAGUCAGAGGCACGUAUAAGCUUCACCACUCGUCAGGCAGCUGAGAGGGCAUUCAUCAAUGGGAAAAGCUGGAAGGAACAUAGUCUCAAAUUUAUGUGGUUAACACCUAGUAAUUCUAGCAGCGAUAGAAAAGUAUCUAACUCCAAGGAGCCUGUAGAUACAGAUGAUCACCCAGAAGAAAAAGACCAAGUUAUGCAAGAAACUAAUAUAUCCGGAGAUAAAGAGCCCUCGGAUUCUGGAGUUAAAAGUUGUUUGGAGCAUACAGAUGAUCACCCAGAAGACUAUGUUAUGGCAGAAGCUAGUACAUCGGAAGACGAAGAACCCUCAAAUUCUGGAACUAAAAAUAGCUCGGAGCAUACAGAAACAGGUGAGGAUCGUCAGUGUAGUCAAACUUCUUCUGCCGAACAAUCACCUGAAGGCAAUGUCUGUUGAGGAUCUGCUAAUAGUCAGAUUUGUACAGCGAGGUAAAAUGUUUAAUCUUUUAAACUCUAAUUUUCAGGAGCCUAUUUUAACAAUUUCUAAAAAUUCAUUUUUCCAUAUGUCCACUUUUUUACGGUCAAGACAUGUAAGAAGGAUCUUUCGUUCUUUUUUGGCUGCCGCCUGUAUUGGGUGGUAUAGUUUGAAUGGCGCGUCCUGUUGUUUUUGCAGCCUAGGUCUCUGUAGGAUCGAAGAUUUAAAGUUAAAAACUGUGUUGAACACGAUUGAUCUGUUACAUAACAAAUAUUUUGGAUCUCUGUAUGAAAAAUAUAAUUAAAGCGGGGAGCUUUUGCUCCUUUGGAACU